UUCAGUCCGGGCACUGCUCCGCGACAAAUGGGAUUUGCAUAGAGCAAUUUUUGGGUGUUUUCCGAAGUUUACAAAGCAUUAAAGCAUUGAUGGACAAUGCGGAAGUGAUGGAAGGUUUAUCAGAAUUAGCGGAACCUGUACGUGUGCUACAAGACAAUGAAUCUGAAGAGAAUGUCACCCUGAGACUGACAGACGCAGCCCCUUUUGUUUUACAUCAACAGGCCAUAGCAGACGUAGAAGAUGAUAAUACUGAGGAGUCGAGUGAUUCUGCAGGAACGUACAACAUCAUCGCCCAACAGUUGAUGCCGACAGGGCAGGUACAGCUCACUUUGUCUGAUGGUAUUAAUAUCUUACAGACAACCAUUGCUGCAGAUCAGUUACAAGGCUUUGAGACUGGUGAACAGAGUAUUUUACUACAAGCUGCUGAUGUUGAUGCUAAAGGGGAGAUAAGUUAUGUGGCAGCUGAUAUCACAAAACUUGAACCGACAGGGGCAGAUAAUCACACACAACAAGAGGAAACAAGUGUUGUGUCAAAUAAUGAACAGCCAUUGGUUGAAACAAGCAUUCAGCCUGACAACCAAUCAGAAAGAAUUUUACAAGUGAUAAACCAAUCAGUGACAGCUGCACAAGACACAGAUCAAUCCAGUCUACCCUCUGGGACAGCUGGUCAGUUUUUCAUUCUGACCGAUGAAGAUAAAACUAAAAGAGAGAGUAAUGUGAUAGGGACUGGUGUACAGCCAGCACCUAAUGUGAAACAGUUUGUGGAAAAUAUGGUACAACAAGAACAGAUGAAUUCAUUGACUUCUAGCCUCUCUGCACCAUUGCCGACAGAAUACAGUAUACAGGAGCUGCAAGUUGAUCAAGUACCGGAGCAGUUAGCAGCUGCAGAUGUAGACAUCAAUAAGCCAAUCAAGGAAGAGAAAAAACCAGAUCUAUCCAAGCCCAUAGAGGUGACUGAUCAUAUGGAAGUGGUUGUAAAUGGCAAGAAAUGUUUGCUCAAAGUCAAUCCGGAUACAGGGCAGCUUUGUGCUUACCCACUGCUUUCAACAGGUAAGAGACGAGGAAGGCCAAAGAAAUCCGAGGCGCAGGCUAAAAGUGUGGUAAAAGAACAAACAUCAUUGACUGAGGAGCGAGUUGAGAAACUAGAACCAGAUCAGACAAGCAGUGCAGCACAGGGGCUUCUAGAACUCUCUAACACAGGACCAGAUGGUGUGAGAAGAAGUGCUAGAAGCAGAGGGAAACCUAAAACACUAGAAGAAUACGAGGUAUUUGAGCUGUCUAGUGAUGAUGAUGCAGCUGCUGAUGAUGGGGAUGAUGAGGUCUUACCAAGCGGUGCCAUUAGAAAAAGAAAGUCACAAACAAACAAAGAUUACAUUCCACCUGCCACUAUACAAACUCCUGGAGUUCCGAGGCGUGGUCGAGGUAGGCCUCGUAGAUAUCCCCGCCCAGAUGAUACCCCGGUAACCAAUCAGAUUCCAGCUGUGAUUAUUCCAUCUGGAGAUGGACAGACGAUCAUGAUGGCUCCACUUCAGGGAUUGACUAACUUUGAAGCGUUCCAAGAGCAGGUGAAGAACAUGCCGAUAUUUCAACAGUCUGGUACGGAGGAUGAUAGUCUACAGUACCUGAACAUCUCCGGUCUCAUUGAUUCCGCUGAUGGAAACACGGUGAGUGUACAGCUUGGUGGUGCUAUUAAUCUAGGUGACACUGAUGAUAUUGCUGAACAGUCAGUUCUGAACAAUGAUUCUACUGAAGAUAACACAGAGGAUUCAGCUGAAGUGAAGCCAGCUGUAGGAACCUCAGAAACAGAAGAUAAUGAUGCUAAAGAAGUUAAAGCGGAGAUAGAGAAAGAAUCAGUUGAUCAAACAGAUAGUGGAAUAAAAGAGAAAGCAUCAGAGACUGGCGAGGGACAACCCACCAUCAUACAGAUACCAGAAAACCUCCUUCCUAUGUUUACACAGAAAAAAGACCCAGUUAAAAUUGGACUGAAAGCCUCAGAUGCCCACCUAGAGAAAAUGAAAUGUUCGAUGUGUGAUUUUCAAGGUUACUAUGAACAGCAAUACCAAGAUCAUAUUCUAACACAUGAGGAAGUUAUAAAAUGUAAAUGCUGCAAGUUUGCCUCUUUUGAAAAGGAAGUCCUUAUUGAACACUUUAAGAAGAAUCACCCACGAUGCAUCUGUAGUUACUGUGAUCACAUGGCGGAACAUGCAUACAUUAUCAAACGUCAUACUAUGAGACACACGCAGGUUGGCUGCAAGUGUGAUGUAUGUGGUAAAGUUUAUAAGGACCAGUAUGUGUUGAAAAUGCAUGUUAAAAUGGUUCACAUGCCAGCAGAGGUUCUGUUUGAAUGCAAUGUAUGCAGUAAAAAGUUUACAAGAAAGGCUCAUCUUAAACGUCAUCUCAGAAUACACGACCCUGAGAAACCUUUCAAAUGCCCCCAGUGUCAGUACAGGGGUUGUGAGAAGUCGGACAUAGUGAAACAUCUUCUUGUACAUGAGGACCCCAAACACCAGUGUAGCAUAUGUAACAAGUCUUUCAGACAUAUCAAAAACAAGGAGCUGCAUAUGAAAAGGCAUAAUGGACAACGAGACUACAAGUGUGGAGUUUGUGAUUUUUACGGGUACACAUUUACAGAUAUACGUAAACAUAUUGAGCGUAAACAUACCGACUGUAAAUCACUUAUCUGUGAUAAAUGUGGAAUGGUGUUCAGAUCUGAACAGUUAUUCAAGGAGCAUAAGGCACAAGUCUGUGAUGUAUUUAUGAUAGAACAGGCAUUGGCAAUUGCCACAAGUGAUGGAGGGACAACUCAAGCUACCAUACAGAUCCCGAGUAACUAUUCUCUUGAUGGAAACCAGCAGUUACAAGUUGGGGGCCAGAGCAUGUCUAUCGACAAAGAUGGUCAGAUAACCGUACAUUCCGUUGGGUUACCAGGAGAUGCUAUUACGCUGACAGAUGAACAGAUCCAAGCCGUUGCUCAGGGGCAGAUAAGUGAGUCAGACCUGCAGAACCUAGUCAGUCAAGCCCAACUUAGCGAGUCUGAGCUUCAGGCAGCUGUGAGUCAAGGGCAGAUAAUUGAUACCGGUCAGACUGAUGAUGAAAAUGUAACUGUUAUGCAAGAAAUGAAUGAUGAAGUUAGAACAGAAAUUCAAGUAAUCGGUAGUGACGUAAGACCAGUGUUAGAUUUGUAUAAAAGUGAAAGUGAUGAUAAUGAUGUAAGAAGGGUGUUAAUGUACAAAAGUGAAGUGGACGAUGUUACUUUAACUGAAGAGGAAGAAGAGGAUGAGGAAGAAACAACGAUGGAUGAAGAUGAUAUAAGAGAUGAAGAAGAACAAAUGGAUGGUAUAGGCAGUGAUUCUGAUGAUAAAACAAAUAUAGACAAUGAUCAGAUUAUGGGAAUGGUUAACAUUAUGAGAUGAUGAAAGUUUUAGCUUUGAUUGGGUAUGGAAAUUAGUUAUGGAAUGAAAAGUUCAGAAUUUCUAGGAAAAACAGAGGUGGAAAAAAGCGUUGGUUGAAAUUGUAUGGGAGAAGAAAGAAAAAGGUCAUUGUAAAGUGAAGAUUAUGGUGAACUUAAUAACUCUGCCAGUGAUGAGAUUGUCAGAAUGGUGAACAUAAGUAGAAAUUUGAAAGAUUUACAACAGUGGUAAACAUGAGACUGCUCCAGUUGGUUAAACAUGGGACUGUGAAUCAGAAAAUGUUAUUGAAAUUUUGAACAUGAUUGAGAAUACUAUGACGAGUAUUGAAAUAAUAAUUUGAAAAGGUGAAUGUUAAUAGAUCAUGGUAAAUGCUUAGCAGGGCUUUUUCACCCUAUCUCACGGGGCCGAUAUUCGGCCCCAUUCCCAAUGCCAAAUAUGCUCUAUUUUUCCCAAUCUGGAGCAAAAAAUUCCCAAUCCAAUGAAAAAUUUCCCAAUUGAAAUCAGUUACUUUCUGUCUGUUUUUCAAUAAUAAUUCUUGCACAAUUAGUUUUGUUUGCCAAGUAAAUCAAACAAAAUGUUGGAAAAACCAACUCGUUUCUAUUUUUAGAACAUGACCGUCUGCAACCUCGGCAAAAAAUAAUUACAAGAUUUUGCUGAAGAAAUGUAUGAUUUGUAUGCAAAAAACUCUCAAAAUGCAUAAAAACACAAAUAUUAAUUGAAUAAAGUACCCAAAACAUGUUGACAGGUAGUUCUUAUACCAUUAAAAUCAAUUGUCACAUAUUUUCGCGACCCAGUUUUGACACUCGAAAAUACAGGCACUUUGCCAUUCUACUUUUUGGAUAAUUUCAGUUAUAACUUUGGUGAAAACAAACUGUAAACAAAAAUUUUAGCAUGACAAAUAAAGAGUUACUGUAUUUUAGGCAAUAUUGGAACACAAUCCUGAAAAAAAAAUCUCAAAAUUUCACAAGGGGAUAUCUGUCUACCAGUAAAAUUUGAAACUGAAGAUUUAAACUAAUAUAUAUUAAUUUAAAACUCACUUAAUUUGUCAGUAUAUUUUCCCAAAUUUGACAAUUUACCGCGUUAAAAAUUCCCAAUAUGACCAGGGGCCUUUUUCCCAAAACCCCCUGAAAAAGCCCUGCUUAGACUGUAAUAAUGGCAAUCACUGUAAGGUUUUAUGAUGGAUGAACAUGGGAAAAUUAGGAACAUGAUAAGAGUUCAAUCAAACCAGUUCUUUAGAUGACCUCUGAGUACUACAACUGUAUGAUCACCCAUGAAAGGUCAGCAUUUUUCUGCUCCUGUUUACAUACAAACAUUGAAAUGUUACCUGUUAUGAGAAACCACCUGUUAUCAAAGACCACUUAUUUCAUUGAAGCAUGAUAGUAUAAAAAUGAGCUAAACAAAAGUUGAUACAGCUAUAAUAAACAAGAACUGUAUGUAAGACAGUCAAUGCUCAACUGUUCAAAUUGUUGUCCCAGAAGCAGGAAUAUUACCCUCAAUGUUAAAAUAUCUAUAGAGUUUCAAUCUGCAUUAGUUUUGGACACAGCACUUUAACCAGAAUUUUCUAAGUCCAAAAGCGGGCAUAGUUUGCCCAAAAUACAUGUCAGAGUUAUGGGACUUGAUCCUGUAAGGUUAGUUAUAAAUUGGCUUAUAAAAAAGAAAAAUAACUUUCAAAGGUAAAUGCCUUUAAAUGAUAGUUAUAUGUACUUGCAUGUAAAACUUUAACCAAGGUGUGACGCCGACGCCAGGGUGGGUAGAAUAGCUAGACUAUUCUUUAAAUUGUAGAGCUAAAAAUGGUGGCUAUUUUACUGUAAGGCCCAUAUUACAGUGAAGAACCAGCAGCCAAGAUACUACAUUACUGAAUGGUUCUGAUUAUAAAUCAGUCAGUGCUCAGUUUAAGUAAUUUGAUAGAUACAUGUAUAGUACCAUAUGGAACAGUAAUAAAGUACGUGGCACAUAUAUUACCCAAAUUAUGAACAAAAUAGAAUAUAUUCUAGAUGGUAGAUUACUUUAAAGAGGUGAGAUUGGUCAAAUUUUGACAGGUACCUAUCACUUUUCAAUCAAUGACCAUUUGAAUAAUUGGAGAGAUAUGAAUAUAUAAGCUACUGUAACACAUGGGAGCUAGAUAAAAUUCUUGAAAGUGACCCAAUUAAGGGAAAGAAUGUGUAAAAAAGAUGAUAAGUUGUGGCCAAAGGAGGGGAAUUAAUAAAAAAAGGUGACAGGUUCACUAUGUUAUAAUUGCUGAUGUUUCAGAUAGGAAGAGACAUCACAGAAAGUAUAGGUCAGGAAAUUAUUGAAGAGGAUAGUAUCUAAAGUGGUCAGUUAUUUGAUGACGGGUCCUUUAGAAUGGGAAAUCUGACAGUUAUUGCUGAACCUUGCACAAAACUGAAUACUCUUAUAGUUAAUGUAAAUUUAGUUUAUGAUUAAAGAAGGUGAACAAUUUAUUAAAGUGACUGUUCUAGGGCUGUCAAAAUGAUCAAGGUCAAGGUCACAAAAGUACAAAUUCUGUUUAAUAACCUUCAUUUGUUGCUCUUUAUUAUUUUUAUCUCAACUUUUCAGAGAAAAAUUAGAGCUAUUGCACUCGCCCCGGCGUCAGUGCUGUUGUUUGUUGAAGUUUUUGAUCAAGUAAAAUAUCUUUGUUACUGUUACUAUCAAAGCUUUUGAAUUGAAACUUAAAAUAGUUAUUUACUAUCAAAGUCUACACCAGGAGAAACAACCCCCAUAACUCUGAUUAGAAUUUUGACAGAGUUAUGCCCCUUUUACUGGCAAAGUUCUAACUUAGAGUCAAGCACUGAGAAAAGUUUUAUGGACAGCUCUUGUUUAUAUGAUUAAUGACUAGACAAUGUUUGACAGUGAUCAAACUUAAUAGAAUGAUUAUCUUUGGACAUUAGAUAAUCCCUGUUGUUUUAUGGACCAGUAAGUCAAAAGUCAAGGUCACAAGGACUUUGAAAAGGAAAAAACAUGUCAGAUUAUAAUCUUGAGAAUGCUUAGGCUUAGGUGUCAAAUUUAAUUAGUUGUUAUCUCUAUCAGAUUAAUUAUGUCAAAGGUUCAGAUCAAAGCAACCUAGAAAAAGGGUUUCUAAUUACUUACCUCUUUCAUUAUUGGGUUUAUUUUGGGGAAACGUUAACCUCUGUUGACCAAUGGCUGAAAACAGCCUCCAAUUGAUCACUGCACAGUGCUUUGGUCUGUGGCUGUCAAACUUCAAUGAAAGUCUGACAUCUAGUUUAUUUGGUCAGUAGGUAAAAGGUCAAGGUCACAAUGACCCUGAUACAAAAAAAAAAUGUUUUUGCGCAAUAAGUAGGGUAUGUUUAGUCCUGCAGUCACCACUGAAGACUAAAAAAAAGGGUCCUAUCAAUAAAUAAAAACUACUACAUUCAAACUUCAUAGAAUGAUUGCCUGUCAGCAGAAGACCCCUAUUGUUUUUAAGGUCAAAGGUCAGAGCAUUUCCCUCAAGCAACCAUUCAGAACGGCACAUGAGUUUAUCAAUUCUUGCUAUUUUGGUUCUUUUUGUUAUUAUACAUCUUGUAAUGAAAUCUGCUUUCCAUGAUUCAGUUGUUUUAUGAUCACCAUGUAGACAUGUCUUUGUCAUUUAAAUUCAUCACAUGAAUCUUGCCUGUGAUUUAACUGUAGCUGUAAUGAUAGCUUGUCCAAGUUUUGAUACUGAUUGUUACAUGGGCUUUGAUCAAAAUCAGCAAAUGUAAAAUACUAUGAGUUUAAUGUUAAUUUAUUCAAUAUUUUUCUCAUUAAAAAUAGAUAACUUUCUA